GAUAACACCAACGCCCAAUGGCAGCAACAUAUAUGCAGUUAUAUUUACCGCUUCUUUUGUUUUUGUUUUAUCUACACUCUUUUUCAUACAACAACAUUAGACGACGACGACGACUACGUAAACGACAACGGCAGCGUUUGUUUAAUUAAUAGCAUCAAAAUUGCUGCAAUUUAAUACAACAGCAACAACAAAAACAUAUCCUGGAUAAAUUGAGAGCAUUGUCUAGCCGACUGCUGAAUAACAGUGAGCAGCAGUAAGGGAGAAAGACGAAAUCAAACGGAGUAGCGCCGUGUAGAGCGCGUGCGCGACAACAAAUCAAAGCAAAUCAAAUUUGUUUGGUAAACACAAAAUAGCAACAUUUUAACUGAAACAAUGGACUUUAUGAUGGCUAAUACGGGCGCCACCGGCGUGGAGACACAGGCGCAAUUGAUGCAGAGCGCUGCCGCGGCCGCUGCCGUUGCAGCUACAAAUGCGGCAGCACCGGUGCAGAGUGCAGCGGCCGUGGCCGCCGCCGCCCAGCUGCAGCAGCAGCAGCAACAGGUGCAGCAGGCCAUACUACAGGUGCAGCAGCAGCAGACACAGCAAGCGGUUGCCGCAGCAGCCGCCGCCGUCACCCAGCAACUGCAACAGCAACAACAGGCCGUCGUACAGCAGGCCGUCGUGCAGCAGCAACAGCAGCAGGUGCAGGUGCAGCAGCAGGUCCAACAGCAGGUGCAGCAGGCCAACACGAACGGCAACUCGGGCGGCGCCCAGAACGGCAGCAACGGCAGCACAGAGACGCGCACAAAUCUGAUUGUGAACUACUUGCCACAGACGAUGACGGAGGACGAGAUCCGUUCGCUGUUCAGCAGCGUGGGCGAGAUUGAGUCGGUGAAGCUGAUACGGGACAAAUCGCAGGUCUACAUCGAUCCGCUCAAUCCGCAGGCGCCCAGCAAGGGCCAGAGUCUCGGCUAUGGGUUUGUCAACUAUGUGCGGCCCCAGGAUGCGGAGCAGGCGGUGAAUGUGCUGAACGGCCUGCGUUUGCAGAAUAAAACGAUUAAGGUGUCGUUUGCGCGUCCCUCGUCGGAUGCCAUCAAGGGCGCCAAUCUGUAUGUGUCGGGCCUGCCCAAGACGAUGACCCAGCAGGAAUUGGAGGCGAUCUUUGCGCCAUUCGGUGCGAUCAUCACAUCGCGCAUCCUGCAGAAUGCCGGCAACGAUACGCAGACCAAGGGCGUUGGUUUCAUACGCUUCGAUAAGCGCGAGGAGGCAACACGUGCGAUCAUCGCGUUGAACGGCACCACGCCCAGCAGCUGCACCGAUCCGAUUGUUGUGAAAUUCUCAAAUACGCCCGGCAGCACCAGCAAGAUCAUACAGCCCCAAUUGCCCGCAUUCCUCAAUCCGCAGCUGGUGCGACGCAUCGGAGGCGCCAUGCACACGCCAGUGAACAAGGGACUCGCACGCUUCUCCCCAAUGGCCGGCGAUAUGCUCGAUGUGAUGCUGCCCAAUGGACUGGGAGCUGCUGCUGCGGCGGCCACAACGCUGGCCAGCGGACCGGGCGGUGCAUAUCCCAUAUUCAUAUACAAUCUGGCACCCGAAACAGAGGAGGCGGCCCUCUGGCAGCUAUUCGGGCCCUUCGGUGCUGUGCAAUCGGUGAAGAUUGUGAAAGAUCCCACAACGAAUCAGUGCAAGGGCUAUGGCUUUGUCUCCAUGACCAACUACGAUGAGGCGGCCAUGGCCAUACGUGCUCUCAAUGGCUAUACUAUGGGCAAUCGGGUGCUGCAGGUCAGCUUCAAGACCAACAAGGCCAAGUAGACUGCUUCUGCUCUCUGCUCUCUCCCUCUCUCCAACAGCAACAAUAGCAGCAGCAGCAGCAGCAGCAGCAGCAGCAGCAGCUACAGUAAACCCUGCCAAUUCACCAUGAAGGAGCAGCAAAUAGGAGUGCAAGUACACCCACACACAUACACACACCUACACACACACAUACACACAUACUUUUCUAGUUGAUACACAGAGAGAAACUUCACUUAUACAUAUAUAAAUAUGCAUGGUCUUAAGGCUAACUAAGCGCAACAAUAGUGUGUUUAACACACACGAACACACACACAUACAGAGACACACGCACACACACACACAUACUACAAACAACUACCAUGCGAAUGAAGCAAGCAAAAAAGAGAAACCGAAAACUUGAAUUUUUUUUUUUUUUGGAGCUCUCCUUCGGCUUCACGUCUAAACAACGAAAUGACGGCCCACACAGCGCCGGCCGUUGCAAUAGCGAAAUUCUUGUUUAGCAUUAAGUAAAAAGUAAAAAAAAAAAACAAAACAAAAACAAAAUACAAAUCUAAACUAAAGUAAACUAAACAUUAAACAAAAGAAGAUAAUUACGAUGAUGAAGAAGAAGAUGAUGAGUACGUGUGUAAUUGCAAUAUAUAAAAAUUAAACAAGCUGACGAAAAAGCAGCUGCAGUCAAAUUAGUCGCAAAAAAAAAAAAAAAACAAAACAAAAAAAAAACAAAGAAAUCAGCAAAACAACAAUUCUAAGAUUUAAUUAACCAGAAUUAACCUAGCAAAAGGAACAUAAACAUUUUUUAAAAUUAUAUAACUAAGUAAGCAGCAAUGAAAUCUUCCAGUAACAAAAUGAAAAACAAAAAACUUUUCUAUAUAAAAUUAAAAAAAAAAACAAAAAAACAAAACAAAGACAGCUAAGAAAUGUGUGGAAAAGAAACAGAAAGGCUUGAAAGAUUUCGAAACAGUUCAUUUUUCUCGCAGUGUAGACGUCAGUGCCGUUAGUUUUUGAGUUUUCCAAGCGAAAAAAAAGUAUUAAAG